AUGAUUGCAACGUCAUUUCAUUCUCAAUCUGAAUCUCGACUCAAUACUUUUCUGCAAAAGUUUCACCGUUCAUCCACAUUGUUGAAACCAUUUUUUGGUCAUGAAACUACUUCAGGCAACAAUAUAACUCCACAUGGACCAUGUUCCACCACCACCACCACCACCGCCACGACGACGACAUCCCAGAGCAGAUUUCGACGUGCAAGCAAAAGCGUUCAGAAGGCGUUUGUUUUGCCAGCAACGACGAAACCCGUGUGUAAAUCAGCUGAAACACUCACACCAAGUCGAAAGCGUGAUCGUCUUCGAUAUUAUCUCGCUCAUCGACGAGAGAAUAAUAAAACCAAUCAAGCGGUGCCGUAUCUGUGGCCAACAAUACUGUCGACGGAUCAAGAGGAAAGUUCGCCAACAGACAAGGAGGAGACUUCGCCCACGGACGAGACAGAAGACGGCGAUGACGUUUACAUGGUCGACUGGCAAAGCGAUUCCGAUUCUGACUUGGACGAUGAAUUACGUUUGGAACAAGACACGAUGGUUUUGCCUGUGAGUAUCCCCGAAGUGUACAGAAGGCAGGACUGGGCGGGAGGUGCUAUAGUAGCAGGUGCACGAGUUCUCUUCACGUAUGAUGGAUUCAAGCGGCAGCAAACAAUGCUGCAUAAACUGCAGUCAGUACCCGAAGGCAAUCAGCUUACAAUGCCCUUGGGAUUGCACCAUGAGCACAUUGUGAUUGGAGCCUUCUGA